AUGAUGCUGUUUCCUGCAUCCUUUCGUGCAGAGUCACUCGAUUUAGUCACCUCGGCUCAUAAUUACCACAAUCUUAUUCGAGAAGAACUUGACAUCCGAAGACUGAACAACAUUCAACGCUGGCUCUGGGUCGCAGGAAGUACUGUUCCCCCUCGACCGCUGCAUAUCCAUCUUGUCAUGGGUCGAGAAGUAAUUAUCCAUGAGAGCAUGGAUAUGCACCUUGUAUGGACGACAGGCAAGAUAUUUAUCAAGCCUCUGCCACUGUUCUUACUGGACCCCACUGUUUGGAAAGAGUUCCUGUGCUGUCAAGACCCCUGCACAUGUAUGAGUCAAGUAGUUGACAUUGGUGGAACUGUACAGUACUGCGAAAGAAGAGAACUUUACAGGUGUGCCCUGGGGUUCUUGUACUCUUACGCUGCCCUUAUACGGUAUGAAAGCGACUUCACCCUAGCAAAAGAAAGGCAUCUGUUGCCAGGACACAUCAGCUGGUUCAAUUGGAUCCUCUUUAUUCGCGAACUCGAUAUCGAACAUAUCUACCCCGACAUCAACCAGAGGUUUCAUCACAGAGAGCUACGACUCAGUAGAUUGAAUUACGUCUACUAUAUCACGCAAGGCAGCCUGGACGGCUACGCCCACCGCUAUAAUCGCUAUUCAGAUUUCUUCCGCAGCCAUCUUGCGUGGAUGACGGCAGCCACAGUCUAUGUUGCUAUUGUUCUUACGGCAAUGCAGGUUGGCCUGGCUACUGGGAAGCUUGGUGAGAACUCCCUUUUCCAGUCAGCCUCAUAUGGCUUUACUGUAUUUGCCCUUCUGGCACCAUUGCUGCCAGAGAAUGACCGGCCUGAAGAGCUAGCCAAUAGCGCGGAUGAUUCUCCUUCACUUGCCGGCUCGACACGACCAGAACCAUUUGUUUCUCCAGGAGGACAAACUGUGGCUACACCCAAGGUGUGUGCUCGUCUAUCCCGGGAAUCAGUUAGAAUUUUAAGACAAUGGUUCGAUGUUCAUAGCGACGCCCCGUAUCCGGACGAUGCGACCAAGGAGGCCCUUCGGCGCUCUACUGGCCUCACAAAAACACAGCUUACUAACUGGUUCGCGAAUACUCGCCGGCGUUUCAAACUAACUACAAGGUCCCAUUCCAUGCAUGCGCCUGUUGAUAUUCCCAACAGACCGGGGACGCCAUUUUUUGAUUCGUACUCCAGACAGCGGGCUAUGAGUCCAAUGCGUAGAUGGGUUGAUUCACCGCCAGAGGACGAACCUGUUCCCAUCUCUGCUAUUACCCGUGCAGCCUCGGCGAACUUUUCCAACCCACAUGCUUAUGAUGAUAUAUGCGCCCCUGCACUCUAUCCAUCAUCUUUGAGCAGUGCAGGGACGUCUGGCGGGGAUUCGAGUUCUUCUGCAUGGUCUGGCAGUUCUGCUACUCACCAGCGAUUGUUUCGAAAUCGUAGACGGAGAAAACUGGCUCCGAGAACGCUACAACAUCGCAAGCCGUCCCCGUUUGAAUGUACUUUUUGCACUGAAACCUUUCGCAAAAAGUAUGAUUGGCAGCGCCAUGAGACAUCAAUUCACUUAGCACUUGAAAGAUGGCUGUGCCGCGAUGAGGAGCCCCAGUCAUUGCACCCCCACAGCGGCAAGCUUUGUUGCAUCUUUUGCAGUCAAGAAGAUCCAGAUCAAGACCAUAUCCGAAGCCAUAAUCCAUCAGCAUGCCAAGAGCGCAUUUUUAUCCGAAAAGACAAUUUGAGGCAACACUUACGCUUGGUACAUCAAGCCGACUUCGUUCCAUGGUCUAUGGGUUCCUGGAAAGAGACAAUAUCCGAGGUUCGUUCUCGCUGCGGGCUGUGUAGAGUCUCAUUCGAGACAUGGCAAGCUCGAGUUGAACAUCUCGGCGAACACUUUAAGAUGGGCCAUACUAUGGCAGAAUGGGAAGGAGACUGGGGAUUUGACGAGCCAAUCCUCAAAAUGGUAGAAAAUGCUAUCCCACCGUACCUCAUUUCUACUGAGCGAAAUUCUCCCUUUCCCUUCCAAGGCAGUAAUACCGCAGCAAAUUCUCCCUGCUCUGCCUAUGAGCUGAUAAGCCUGGAGCUAAUGCAGGUCGUGGAAAAUCAUAUUCAAGAGACCACAUUGAUGCCUACUGAUCAAGUACUUCAACUUGAGGCUUGUCGAAUUAUUUUUGCUUCAGAGGCGCUGUCGACUAUCGAUCUGUUUCCUCAUGAAUUUACUUCAUGGCUACGCGAUGCCAUCAUGUCAAACCAUGCCAUCACUCAGCAGGCACUCUUCGGUCCCAUCCGAUCAAGACGCCAGAACAGACUGCCCUCCUUGGAGAUUAAGGGCAAGCGGAGUCUUUUCGAGGAUUGUCCAUUUGAGUUGGAGCUGCGCAAAUUCGUCGACCUCCAGCAGUGUUCUGAUCGAGUCGAUAUUUGGGAUGUUGAGCUACAACAAGAGGCAUGCAACAUAAUCAAGCGUGUCAAAGGGCCUGUCGCGAAACAAUCGUAUAACAAAGUAUCGACCUGGCUAAUCAGCACUAUACUCGGAUCCACGGAUUGGCUCUUCGGCUUCAGACAGCGUACAAACCUUGUCCCCAAUGAAUCACAACCUCAAGCAAAUCAGAAACAGAAACAACCUGUUGAUAGAUCAAUAGGGGAUUCAGAUGUGAUUCAAUCUCGUUUUACGUCCUUGCAACCAAACUUUCAACCUGAUCAAGUUUCUAUUUCUGAUCAUUCUCAUCAAGUUAAUAACACAAUUGGCGAAGGCUUUGACGAUCCGAUAGGCCUAGUCACUGAUUCUGGAGCAGAUCAGUUAUUCUGGGCUGAAAUGAGCUCCUACAUGCUCAAUGAUUCUAACUUCCAUGAAUGGCUCGGAAGAGAAUUAGGCCGGUGGGUAGCAUCUACGACAUCCCCACGAAACCCUCAAAGUCAUGUACCGACGGACGAUGAACUUCGGCAUCAGGCUAGAUGGAUAGCCUAUGGAGAUGACGAUCCAUGGAAUCAAACUCAUGCCGAUAAUCCUGAAUGGCUGCGACGCUUCAAGGAUCUCGUUGGAAUCUCCAAAGGUUAUACUACCUCAUGA